CAUUUCAAAAUUUUCUGUCAAAAAUCGAAAUUCGUUCGAUAAGAAAAAUGUGCAGGCUAUAAUCUUUUUCUCCAAUUUAUUUUCAUUUUUUCAUAAAUAAAUACAAAAUUAUUCUUCAUAAUAAAUAGUUUUAUAUAAUGUCGCUUACAAAACGUGUUCAGCAAUGGGCAACAUUUGCUCGAACAUGGCACAUUUACGAUUGCACCUGGCAAAAUCCUUUUGAUUCAGCUAAAGUUAUCAAAUCGCAUUUAAUGGGACUCCACAAACCUAUUUACCAUCCAAUGAUUUCUAUCCGACAUUUGUGCAUUAAUCAUUGUAAAAUGGGACGUUUAGGAAAAGUUGAUCCAAAUUCAUAUUCCGAACCGGAAAAAAUCAACACCGUCCAGAGUUUACUUUCAUGGACAAUUGAUUUUGAGAACACCAAAAUUGUAGGCAGCGUCACACACAAAUUUAAGGUUCUCGAAAAGAAUUUGCCAUCUAUUCUUCUUGAUGUUCGCGAUUUAAAGAUUUCAAAUGCUUCCAUUUUGGCUGGUUCCACAUCCAUUCCCAUUAAUUAUACUAUCAGUGAUGAAGUAGAAAACAUUGGAUCCAAGUUGACAUUAGAGCUUCCUGAAGGAACCGCCGAAGGAGAACUCCAAGUCAAGAUCGACUAUGAAACUUCAUCAUGUGCCAGCGGCUUGCAAUGGUUGACACCCGAACAAACUUUGGGCAAGAAACAUCCCUACAUGUUCAGUCAAUGUCAGGCAAUUCAUGCACGUUCAGUUAUGCCUUGCCAAGAUACCCCGGCUGUAAAAUUCACCUACAAUGCUGCAAUCAAACAUCCAAAGGACUUGACUGCUCUUAUGAGUGCAAUUAUUGAUGAAAAAUCCGAAGGUCUUACGAAAUUCAAACAAGCGGUUCCUAUUCCAGCCUACCUACUAGCUAUUGCCUUGGGUGAUUUAGUAUCCGCACCAUUAGGACCAAAUUCGAAUGUGUGGGCCGAAGAAGGAGUCAUCAAAGCAAGUGCUGAAGAAUUCUCCGAGACAUCGAAAAUGUUAAAAACUGCAUCGGACAUAUGUGGACCGUAUGUUUGGAAGCAAUAUGAUUUGUUGGUAAUGCCACCCAGUUUUCCAUUCGGUGGAAUGGAAAAUCCAUGUUUGACUUUCGUCACCCCAACUCUGUUGGCUGGUGACAAGUCAUUGGCUGAUGUCGUCGCACAUGAAAUCGCUCACAGCUGGACUGGUAAUCUUGUGACAAAUAAGAACUUUGAACAUUUCUGGAUGAAUGAAGGAUUCACCGUGUUUGUUGAGGCAAAGAUUGUUGGUCGUAUGAAGGGUGAAAAGGAACGUGACUUCCAUAUGAUGAGAAACUUGACAGAUUUGGCUGAAUGUUUGAGAACACAAUUAGCUGAAAGUCCAGAACUCACAAAGCUUGUUGUUGACUUAAGUAACUUGGGACCCGAUGAUGCUUUCUCCAGUGUGCCUUACAUCAAGGGAUCAACUUUCCUUCGUUACAUUGAAGAUCUCCUUGGAGGAGCCGCAGUCUUUGAGCCAUUUUUACAAUCAUACUUGAAGAAGUACGAGUACAAAUCGGUAGUAACUGAUGACUUCAAGAGCGCCCUCUAUAAUUACUUUGUGGAUACUGACAAAAAAGACAAACUGAAUGAGAUCGAUUGGGACCUUUGGCUUUAUGGCGAGGGUAUGCCUCCAAUAAUUCCAAAAUUCGACGAUUCACUGGCUAUUGUCUCCCAGGAAUUGUGUGCUUCUUGGAGUACAAAGACUACAGCUGAUCUUGCUGAAGAUAGCGAUGUCCGUCAAUCUAUAUCAACACAUCAGCUAAUCGAUUUCUUAGGAAAACUUAUCGAGUGCAAAGAAAUUUGUGAUUUGUCAACUGAAAAAAUUAAGCUACUCGAACAGAUUUACAACUUGAAUGGCACAAAGAAUGCUGAAAUUCGUCUAAGAUUCAUGAGAUUGUGCAUUAUGGCAAGACAAAUGGAUCGCAUGGAUGAAAUAAUUGAAUUUGCAAACAGCAGUUUCCGUAUGAAGUUUGUACGUCCAAUUUAUAGAGAUUUAGCACAAUGGCCUGAGGCAAAGCCUAUUGCUAUUGAGAAUUUCAACAAAGUUAAAAAUGAAAUGAUGAAAGUUUGCUCACUCGGAAUUGAAAAGGACUUGGGACUAAGAUGUUAAUAACAUUUGUUGCAUUCCUAAUUAAUAAGCGUUUAUUUUUGCCUAAACUUGUUGGCAUUUUAUUACUAACAUGAUAUUGUACUUUUGUAACACGAUUAAUAUAACUGAAGAACAAAAAUAAUUACUAAUCAAAAUUAA